GUACUUAAUAGGUUUCUUGUAUGAUAUGUACUAUAAGAAUCUCAUGGCCUGAUUGAUACAUUUUUGCACUUAUCCACUAUGAUGUGAAUUAUUCAAGUUGGAUUUGAGUGUAAAGUGUGUAUAUAUAGUUGAGGUCUUCAAUCUAUUACAAUGUUCCAACAGAUUGGAUCCACAGUGGGUUCUUGGACUCACAAGAAGAUCGUCGAUCCUCUUCUCCAAAUCCUCCGCAGGGGUGCAGAGCCAAAACAAUUGGCAUUCUCUGGGGCUCUUGGUGCUACAUUGGGUCUCUUUCCCAUCUGUGGGGUUGCUGUGUUUCUAUGUGGCGUAGCUAUUGCAGUACUUGGAUCCUUGUGUCAUGCACCAACUGUGUUGUUGGUCAACUUCAUUGUAACUCCCAUUGAGCUCAGUUUGGUGAUUCCUUUCCUACGUUUAGGUGAAUAUGUGAGUGGUGGACCUCAUUUUGCUUUGACCUCAGAUGCAUUAAAGAAGGUUUUCACUGGUAAAGCUUCGUGGGAAGUCUUGAUGAGCAUUUACCAUGCGUUGUUGGGCUGGCUUGUUGCUGUACCAUUCAUCCUGGCAGGGGUUUAUAUACUAUUUUUGCCAUGUUUUACAAUCUUGGUUCGUAAAUUCAGUAGCCUUCCGCCAAGCAAAAUCACAAGUGUUCCUUCAAGCCCCAAGAGAGCUGUUCCUCCAAGCCCAAGAAAAGUUGUUCAACCCCUUACAGAAGUCAGGGUUAAAGUGAGGGAUGUUUAAUGGACAUAGAAAUCAGUUUAUUCUUAAAUGGUAAAUGAAACUUCAACGAUUCCAGCAUUUCUGUACAUGUAUCAAGUUCAGAGAAAUUGACAGUGCAAACUGCUGCAAGUUAUAUCAAAAUUAUGUUUCUCUUAUACAAUUACCCUUCUACAGCAGGCAUGUAUUUUCUUUGAAUUUGGCAAUAUAUUUGACAAGCAUUUCUUGUCGUCGGUACAAUUUG